CUCUUCUCCGAGAGCGAUGUCGUCGCGUGACGAGAAGACGCGUACAAAUAAACUUCAACAACCAACUCCUACCAUCUCCAGAUUGAAGUGACUUAGUCAAAAGCGAGGCGCUCGUCUUUUGAGGAAGCUCAAUUUCUCCGGAGAAAUUUUAAAAAAAGAAAAGAAAAGAGAAACGUCGAGAGGCAGCAGUGUGUGCGGGAGCCGCCGUGACGCGGCAGCGGGGCUGGCUCUCCUCCUCUCCGCCUGCGCUCAUAAACGGAUGUGAUAAACCUGCGCUGAAUGCGCCGGAGCAGCGAUAACAGUCAGCUCUGACCAUGGCGGAAGAGGACGACGCGACGGUUCGGAUUUUACAGAGUCUGCGGGGCAAAAUAUGUGAAGCAAAGAACCUCGGUCCAGUCUCGGGUCCAAAUCGACAAAGGGAUCUCUGCACACUUUGCACCAUAAGUCUGGAUCAGGAGGAGGUUUUCCGCACCAAGGUGUUUGACAAAAGUGUCAGCCCGUUCUAUGGAGAGGACUUCUACUUUGAGAUCCCUCGCCCAUUUCAGUGUUUAUCCUUCUAUGUUUAUGCCAAAAGCGUGUUCCAAAGGGACCUACCUGUGGGCAAGGUGUCAAUCAGAAAGGACGACCUGUGUAAAUACAGUGGGAAGGAGCACUGGUUCAGCCUUCAUCCGGUGGACCCUAACUCGGAAGUCCAGGGUAAGGUUCACUUGGAGAUGCGAUUGAACGAAGUGAUCACAGUGACCGGCUCAAUGGGUCAACACUUACUAGUCCGGAUAAUUGAGUGCCAGGGGCUGCCUUUGAUCAGUGGGCAGAAUUGUGACCCCUAUGCCACCGUGUCACUCGUUGGACCUGCCAGGUCUGACCAAAAGAAAACCAAGGUAAAGAAGAAAACCAGCAACCCUCAUUUUGAAGAGACCUUCUCCUUUGAGGUCACAAGGUCUGGCAGCUACUCUAAGAAGACUCAUUUCCAAGUGGAAGAGGAGGACAUUGAAAAACUUGAGAUUAAAGUUGAUUUGUGGAACAACGAGAAUCUGGCUCAGGAUGUGUUUCUGGGGGAGACGCGGGUCCCCGUCAAGAUCCUUCGAAACAGCCACAUCCACAAAGCCUGGUAUCUCCUCCAGCCUAAAGGAAACGGCAGCAAGUCCAAGUCUGAUGAUUUGGGAUCCUUGCGUCUGAAGUUGACCUACAUAGAAGACACGGUGCUGCCAUCUGCCUGCUACACACCACUCUGCAACCUGCUGCUCAAAUCCCCGGAUGUGAAGCCCAUCUCGGCGUCGGCAGCACACAUCUUGGGGGACAUCUGCAGAGAGCGAUACGAGGCGGUUCUGCCCACGGUUCGACUGCUGCUCCACCACAAUCGCUUUGUGCCUUUUGUCUCCGCUGUGGCGGCUCUAGAGCUGGACAACACUCAGGAGGCUAACACUAUAUUCCGUGGCAACUCACUGGCAACGCGCUGCAUUGAUGACAUGAUGAAGAUUGUGGGAAAGAAUUACCUGGCAGUUACCCUGAAGCCUGUAAUAGACGAGAUUUGUGAAUCAAACAAAACUUGCGAGAUCGACCCUGUGAAACUGAAGGAAGGUGACAACACGGAGGUCAACAAGGAGAACCUUCAGGGUUACGUCCAGAAAGUCUUUUCCUCCAUCACCCAGUCGAGUUCCAGCUGUCCCCCACUCAUGUGUGAUGUCUUCAGGUCACUGAGACACUUGGCCUGCAAACGCUUCCCAGCCGACCCACAUGUUCAAUACUCGGCCGUUAGCAGCUUUGUUUUCCUGCGGUUCUUCGCCGUCGCUGUUCUUUCUCCCCACUCCUUCCAGCUCCGUUCCCACCAUCCGGAUACGGAGAUUUCCCGGACACUCACCCUCAUCUCAAAGACGAUCCAGACGCUGGGUAGCUGGGGUAGUUUGUCAAAAAAAAUGUCUAGUUUCAAAGAAACCUACAUGUACGACUUCUUCAAAUCAUUCCAAGAAGACAAGUGUAUAGAAAAAGUUAAAAAGUUUCUGGAUGAGAUCUCCUCUAACAUCAGCAAAGAGUCCAGUGGGCUGGAGGACGCGGUGGUCCUCAAGGAGGGGGAAGUACAGAAACGUGGCCAGGGGAGAAAACACCUUGGGAAGAAGAACUUUAAAAAGCGCUGGCUCCGAGUGACCAACAGGGAGCUCUCCUACCACAAACAUAAAGGGAAAGAGGCCCUCUGCAUCAUCGACGUCAAAAAUAUCCAGGCGGUGGAGAAACUAGAUGAAAGUGCCUUUAACCGCAAGAAUAUGUUUCAGGUGCUCCAUUCUGAGAAGCCUCUGUAUGUGCAAGCAGGAAACUGCGUAGAGGCCAGCGAGUGGUUGGAGGUCCUGGGCCCGGUCAGUCGCUGCAACGAGGGACGCCUCUCCGCCUUCCAUCCGUCAAAUUACACCGGCGGGGCCUGGCAGUGCUGCAGGAGCCAGAGCAGCAACGCGCCGGGCUGCAAGCCCUGCACCACCACCGUGCUGGCCAACCUGCAGCUGGACAUAGACUGCGACCGGGAAACAGAGAGGAUUUUCUCCCUCCUCUCCUCCAACGAUACCAAGCUCCAGAACAUGGAGGAUGCGUGUGCCAGCAUGGCGGUGUAUCAGGGCCCUCAGCGGGAGCAGGAGGACUAUUCCAAGUUCACCAUUCAGGAACCCAAAGAGACCUUUCAGACGCUCAAACAGCUCCGAAACGUCAUGGAGGAACUACAGAAGCAGCACGACGUCAGGAGCGACACCACGGCGCAGUACGGGAGCCUCGACAACCCCAUAGUGGGGAAAACCUCUUAACCCGGACGGGGAGGCGUGGCCAGGGAGAGCCACGCCCAGCAGGAGUCGGUAGUCCUCAAGGAGUCGCUGGGGUCGUACCGGUGAGGAAAGAGCGAGCGAUUCACCCGGACCUCCAGACGGCACGAGUCCAGUACUGCAGGGGCCGCCUAAGAAGGGGGAAGCAGAAGGAAGCAGAGCGAAGCUUCUGUCUUCCAUAUGAAACGAAACCACCUCGGUGGUGUUGGUCUCCUCUUUUCCUUCCUUCGUCUCCUCUCCUCGCUCUGUCCUUUUUCUUAAUUUAUGUCCUCCUUGACGUCUACGGCCUUUAUUUUUUUUAAAGGCAUCAUUACAGUAGAUGGUGUGUGAAUAGGCUGCUAAUUUUUUUAUUCACAGAAUUCUUUUAUUUUUUACUUUAUAUCAACGGCUGUGAUGAUGCUCUCCCAAUUUCUUUUUUUUUUUUUACAUUUUUCUUCUCCGACAUCAGUCUUUUUAGAUUUGAUGAUUUGUAUCAUCCUGUCCCAUCGUUGUCUAUUUGUCCCCCCCAUCCCCCUCAUCCUUCUCUACCCGUCUAAGGGCCGUCCACAGCAGGAACGCUGGCUCUAAGAACAACCAUGUGAUGAUCGGGGAUAUUCUGUAAGCAGGGGGGGGGGGCAGCGAGGACGUAGGGUAGAUUUGUCGGGGUUCCUAUCGGGCGUCCCGUCGGUCUGUUGCCAUGGCCGCGCUGUGGACUCAUCGGGGGGGUUUUCGUUGGACGCGUGGACGGCCCGUCCUCUGAACGUUUGUCUCUACAUAUUUUCAGAGGACGGCGGAGUCGAUGAAACCAAUCUGCCUUACGUUUAUGGAUGUUUCUUUCACAUUAAAUGCUUAGGGAAUGAUGCAGAAGCACUUUAUAUAUUUGGAACACUCCAAAUGGAAAUGAUUAGAUACUUGUUAUCAGCUUUCCCCAUUUUGAUCAGUUACAUGAUCUUGAGUAAUCUUUUUGUUUAAUCCGUGUAUAAAUGACAUUUAUAGCCUGUAGAUUUUAAGAUAUUUUUCGUGACCAAAGACCGUUUCAUAGUUUUGACUUGAAAAAAAUAAUAUGUAUUUUGAAUACAAAGGUUUAAAAAUGGAGAAAAUUAUAUAUCUAUAUAGAUAUAUAUUUAUAUAUAUCAUUUAUAUAUCUAUAUAGAUAUGUAUGUUUUGUGUGUGCGUAUUUUUUCAAUAUAACUUUUUAGUGACUUAAAGCGAGCAGACUGCAUGCAUUUGGUUUGGAAUCCUAAUGGCACAUGAUUGUGGUGUAGACUUGUAUUUCCCUGUGAUUGUGAAUCCUUUUGGUACAUUGUGGAUCAGAUUUAUGCCUUUGUGUUGGGAGCAUCGCAGCAUAUCUGUAGUGGCUUGUGUAAGGAAUGAAACCGUAGAGAGGAAUCGGUCAAAAGAGCACAUCAUCCCCGUCAUCCUCAAAUUAGUUCAGACAAUCACGGCAGCCAACAAACACUUCUUAAAAAAACCAAAAAAACCUGGAGGAUUAUCUUUCUCUUGAUGUGAAUACUAUUUGUUGCCUAACAAUCAUAUUUUGCAGAAGCAGGGCAGCCUGUGAGCACUGCUGUGACAGGAAGAGUCCAACCAGGUGUUCAAACCACUUAAGAACUCAACUUACACAAAACUGAUACAGAAUCCUGAAAUCAAACCAGCAACGUGUUUUUGCUGUCAUUCGACUUAUUUUUGAAUUUUUUGCUCUACCAUCUGCCCGUUAGAACAAUGAAGGGAAGUUGAAUUCAUUUUAAAAACAAAAGAACGUGUAUUGCUGAAACAGGGUCGACCGUGUACUUUUCUUUGCCUGUGGAAAUAAGUGGUUUAGUCUUUGGUCCGUCAUAUAUUUCUAACGUGCAUAUCUUGUGUAUUUAACGAUCUAUU